AUGUCGUCGGAAUCGUUUUUAGAAGCUGUCAAAUCUCGCCGGUCUUACUAUGCUUUGACGAGUGAGUCUCCGAUUCCUGACUCCAAGAUCCACGAGAUUGUCAACACAACCAUCACAAAUGUACCGAGCUCUUUCAACUCGCAGUCAACCCGCGUGGUUGUCCUGCUGAACGAGGAGCACAAGAAACUGUGGGGUGAUAUUGUGAUCCCCGUCGUCAAGUCGGUUGCUCCCGCCGAUGCGUGGCCUGCCUCGGAGAAGAAACUUGAGGGAUUCAAGGCGGGCUAUGGCACCAUCUUGUUCUACGAGGAGCCCAAGGAUGUCGCCAAGCUCCAGGAAGCUUUCCCUCUCUAUGCCGACAAAUUCCCUCAAUGGAGUGAACACACCAAUGCCAUCCACCAAUUUGUUUUGUGGACCGCUUUGGAGAAGGAAGGCUUUGGCGCAAACCUACAACAUUAUAACCCCUUGAUCGACGAAAAGAUUGCGGCAACAUGGAACGUGCCCAACAAUUGGAGCUUAAAAGCACAGCUGGUCUUUGGCAAGCCCGCUGGCGAGCCUUACCCGAAGACAUUCAAGCCGCUCGAAGAACGGGUGUUUGUCCACGGCGCCAAGUAA